CCGACCCCGCGCGCACGCCCCGCCCCGGCAGGCCCAGGGCCGUGGGGUGUGUCCGAUCGGGCCCGGAGCUGAUCACUCUGGACCCUGCACCCUGGAGCGGGCCGCCGGCCCAGCCUCCGCCGCCGGCCCAUGGAAGGCAGCAGUCCCCCGUCGCCGCAAGAUGCAGUGGAGCUGUCGGUGCUCCAGGGGCUCCUGCCGGAGGAGCCGACGCCUCGCAACGGAGACGUCCAGGUCACCGCUCCCUUCGCGGAGCCACCCCGCGACACCCAGGCCAAGAAGGAGAGCCCGUGGAGAGUCUGUAACAAAAGAUUGUUCGGAAAGUGCAAGCUGUGGAUGGCCCUCGUCUCUCUUCUCGUAGCUGUCAUUAUAAUGACCAUCAUAUACUUAGUUAUUAUUAGAGAGACUUAUAUUGAUGAAGAUGAAUAUGAAAUACCUGAAUUAUCUUCAAACAAAACAUUCUGGGUCUCACUAAAGAUUCCGGAGGAAUGUGCUAGUGAACAAGAGUUGCAGCAACUGCUCUUGGAAAGGCUCACUGAUGUGUACAGUUCAUCACCAGCACUGAGUCGGUAUUUUACUUCAGUUCAACCAGUGGAGGGUGUCAGGGGUGAUAAUUCCACAGUAACCUACCACCUGCUGUUUGGGGUUCCGUCGGAAGACGACAGUUUCAUGGAGUAUAUGAUGAGCGAGGAGCUGGUCUUGGGUGUCCUGCGGCAGAACUUCCACGAUCAGAACAUACCUGGUUGCGAGACUCUGGGCCUUGAUCCGGCAUCUCUUCUACUCUAUGAGUGAAGUGGUGGAUGUGUCUGAAAGCAGCAUUCUGCUGAGUUUUGGAGAUGAGAAGAAUUCGACUUGUUUUAUGGAAAAGAUCCGCGAUUUAUGUAGAAAGACUCAGCACUGAACUGAGAGUGAACUCUCCUUUCCAUCCGAUUUUGCACAGUGUCUAAGUUUGACUCUUUGGCCAGCAAAACAGCACUGACUCCUGCCCCAGCUGGGGAGGUCAGUGUUGACAAAAG